GUCCUCGUAGUUUCCGAGAGGACCGAAAGACUCGCAGAGGGGGACGCUGACCAGCGUUAUUAGGCUGCUGGACGAAUCCGAGUCUGGGCGCUGGAAAAGCCCCUCGGUCUCCUUUAAGGCGAGCUGGGACUUUACCAACGCUCCUCCUCCCCAGGCUGUUUAGAAAACGCGGAUUAGCAGAUUUCCUCAGAGCCGGAGGGGAGGGGCGCGCGUCAGUCCUGCGCAUGCUCAGUGCCACCCACUCUUGGCUAGAGCGGCCUGGGACGGUGCAGCGGGUUCGCGUGUUGCGGGUCUCUCAUGGAGGCUCCCGGGACGCCAGGCGGCGGGGUCUUGAAAGAUGUAGUGGCCUAUGUUGAAGUCUGGUCAGUAAACGGAACAGAAAAUUAUUCAAAGACAUUUACAAACCAACUUGUGGACAUGGGAGCAAAGGUUUCAAAAACUUUUAACAAACAAGUAACUCAUGUGGUGUUCAAAGAUGGAUACCAGAGCACUUGGGACAAAGCGCAGAAGAGAGGGGUGAAGCUUGUCUCGGUGCUCUGGGUCGAAAAAUGCAGGACAGCUGGAGUACAUAUUGAUGAAUCACUCUUCCCUGCAGCUAACACCAGGGAACACUUACCAAGCCUAAUUAAAAAAAAACGUAAGUGUAUGCAGCCCAAAGAUUUUAUUCCUAAAACGCCAGAACAUGAUAAAAGACUUCAGAAGAAAUUUCAGAAAAUGGCUACAGAGCUCCAGAGGCAAAAAACAACUCUGGAUAAUGAUGUCCCUGUUCUCUUAUUUGAAUCUAAUGGCUCAUUGGUGUACAGUCCCACAAUUAAAAUGUGCAGCGGCCAGCACAACACCAUGCAGAAGAGGUUACAGCAGAUGAAGGAGAAAAGGGAGAACCUGUCACCUACCUCUUCCCAGCUGCUUGAGAAGUCUCACGAUGACCCGUUUAAGUCCCCGUGUGAAGCUUGGAACAUUUCACGUGAUACUUUGUGUUCAGAUGAAUCCUUUGCUGGUGCUCUGGACUCAUCUUUUGACAAUCUUUCUGGAAACUCAGGGUGUGGAAGUCAGGAGAGGAGAGUGGGAGAAGUCGUUGACGAAAGUAGAAGUGGUGUGUGUGUUUCUUCACCUGCACUGAAGACCAGUAGUGUUCAUUCAUCGGCACCUGCUGGUCCUUCAGCUUCACUAAAGACCGGUGGUGUUCAUUCGUCAGCACCUGCUGAUCCUUCACCUGCACUGAAGACCGGUAGUGUUCAUUCGUCGGCACCUGCUGGUCACCUCAGCCAGUUAACUCCUCAGAAUCCCUCGGGCCGUCUUUCAGAACAAGAAGUAAGUCGGCAGAGGGAUCCUGCGGGUGAAGCGGUCACCCCCGACACGUGGUCCGGGGGAGCACCCAGGGAGGUGUUUGGCAUGAAACACGGUCUGCCCCCUACGUUAUCUGCGACAGAACACCACCCUUGGGGACAUUCACGAUCUGAGAGCUCCUCGGCGAAGAGAAGAAGAAAGUCUGAGAUCUCAGAUUCGUCCCCGACAGGAAGACUAAAGAAGAGAUGCCGCGGGAAACCCGGCAUGUCACAGGAGUGGCUCCUCGCGUCAGGGGACCGCCUGCACUUCGGGCCCGGGGCUGCCGCCCAGGCUCCUGGCUGCGGCGUGUCCUCGUACGACGAUUACUUUUCACCGGACAACCUCAAGGAGAGGAGCUCGGACGGUCUUCUCCCCGGGUGUCAGUCGUCAGCGGGCCCUGCUCUCUUCAUCUGCAGAGGCCUCUCUCGGGGGGAGAGAAGGAACAUACUGCAGACGUCUGACUUCUCCUGCAUUGGCAAGAAUCCCAGCCCAGCCCCCACGAGCGAUUUAACGGCACAAAGUCGCCGCAGUCUUGAGAAACCCACACGUGACAAAGCGAACGCAGCGUGGGCUUGCCUGGCCGCUGAGGAAACCGCAGGGAGUCGUCCGCAGGCUGGUGCUCAGAGAGGGGAGGGUACGCGCCCAGAUGGCGCAGACUCUCCGGUCCACGACGCACUGCCUGCUGCGGACGGGCUCGGCGGGAAAGGACCUGACGGGGACUCACGUCCCCUGGAAGGGGGCAGCGCGGAAGCCAGAGAGCUGAUGGGCGCGGGGAACGUGCAGAAAGCAGACCGCCCUCGGACGAAGCGGGAGUCCUGCGGUGGAACGCAGCCUGACGACCGGCUGGGUUUUGCAGGCGACUGCACCGCGGACACCUCCGCCCAACAGAGGGAAGAUGUGUCCAGAGGAUGCAGUGAAAGUGUUAAAAACGGACCAGCAAGGCCUGAUGUGUUAGAUGGCUCAUUGGAGGGCUGUCAGGAUCUCGCCAGACCUCAUGAGAAAUCAAAGAAAAGAGGGAGAGGCCAAAAGCCAACAAGAACAUUAGUCAUGACAAGCAUGCCAUCUGAAACACAGAACAUCGUCAUCCAGGUUGUGAACACAUUGAAGGGCUUUUCACUUGCCCAGGAAGUGUGUGAAACUACUACCCAUGUGCUCGCCGGCAAGCCUCUGCGCACUCUGAAUGUGCUGCUGGGAAUUGCCCGUGGCUGCUGGGUUCUCUCUUAUGAGUGGGUACUGUGGUCUUUGGAGCUGGGUCAUUGGAUUUCCGAGGAGCCGUUUGAACUUUCUAACUACUUCCCCGCAGCUCCUCUCUGCCGCCUGGAGCGCCACUUAUCUGCGGGACAGUACCAGGGAACCCUGUUUGCCGACCAGCCUGUGAUGUUCAUCACCCCGGCCAGCAACCCCCCCAGAACCAAGCUAUGGGAACUGGUGGUCCUCUGUGGGGGUCAGAUCACGAGAAUCCCACGCCAGGCCGGCAUCUUCAUCGGACCCUCCCAAGGAAGGAGGAGGGCGACCGUCAAGUAUCUGUCAGAAACAUGGAUCUUAGAUUCCAUCACUCAGCACCAGGUCUGUGCCUCUGAAAACUACCUGUUGCUUCAGUGAUGGAGCCAUCAGUCAGCACAUGGCUACCGCCACCGGCUCGCAACGUUGUCUUUGGACAUUCAAAUGAGCAAACCCUGACGAGAAGGAAAGGACACAACACGAUGCCUUUUGACACCAUCACCUAUUUGCCUUGUGUGCCUUGUGGUUUUUACAUAAAGAAGCUCCUUUGUGUGACUUUCUGAUGACUGAAUGUGUUUUAAAGCAGCACUGCCAGCCUAUAGGGGCCUUUUCUGUAUAAUGCCAAUCUUAGUAUUGUGAUAACGAUCAUGAUUAAAAGCUCACAGAACCUUGGUCAUUAAAGCACCCAUAGUGGUAAAGAAAGACUGGGAA